AUGCAAGAGCAAGGGAGGGAGGCGGCCAAACUUUCCGCGGAGCAGAAAGGCAGCAGCGGGCCGCGCUGCCGCCCCGGCCUGCUCUUCGGUGCUAAUCCCUUCGGAGGCCGUAUUUUAGAUAUUCCCUGUAAAGUGUGUGGCGACCGAAGCUCGGGGAAACACUACGGGGUCUACGCCUGCGACGGCUGCUCGGGGUUUUUCAAACGAAGUAUCCGAAGGAAUAGGACGUAUGUCUGCAAGUCUGGAAACCAGGGAGGCUGCCCGGUGGACAAGACUCACAGAAACCAGUGCAGGGCGUGUCGGCUGAAGAAGUGUUUGGAAGUCAACAUGAACAAAGAUGCCGUGCAGCAUGAGCGGGGCCCUCGGACGUCCACCAUCCGCAAGCAGGUGGCCCUCUACUUCCGUGGACACAAGGAAGAGAACGGAGCGGCUGCGCACUUCCCCUCCGCCGCACUGCCGGCGCCGGCGUUCUUCACCGCGGUCACGCAGCUGGAUCCCCACGGCCUGGAGCUGGCUGCCGUGUCAGCCACCCCGGAGCGCCAGACACUUGUGAGCCUGGCUCAGCCCACGCCCAAGUAUCCCCAUGAAGUGAAUGGGACCCCAAUGUAUCUCUAUGAAGUGGCCACAGAGUCAGUGUGUGAAUCAGCUGCCAGGCUUCUAUUUAUGAGCAUCAAGUGGGCUAAGAGUGUGCCAGCUUUCUCCACGCUAUCUUUGCAAGACCAGCUGAUGCUUUUGGAAGAUGCUUGGAGAGAACUGUUUGUUCUAGGAAUAGCACAAUGGGCCAUUCCGGUUGAUGCUAACACUCUACUGGCUGUAUCUGGCAUGAAUGGUGACAACACAGAUUCCCAGAAGCUGAACAAGAUCAUAUCUGAAAUACAGGCUUUACAAGAGGUGGUGGCUCGGUUUAGACAACUCCGGUUAGAUGCUACCGAAUUUGCCUGUCUAAAAUGCAUCGUCACUUUCAAAGCUGUUCCUACACACAGUGGUUCUGAACUGAGAAGUUUCCGGAAUGCUGCCGCCAUUGCAGCUCUUCAAGACGAGGCUCAGCUAACUCUCAACAGCUACAUCCAUACCAGAUACCCCACUCAACCUUGUCGCUUUGGAAAACUCCUGUUACUUUUGCCAGCUUUACGUUCUAUUAGCCCAUCAACCAUAGAGGAAGUGUUUUUCAAAAAAACCAUCGGCAAUGUGCCAAUUACAAGACUGCUUUCAGAUAUGUACAAAUCCAGUGAUAUCUAAGCUCUCCAAGUCCCCACUUUUCAGGAUGGAACAGUAUCUGAUGAACUUCAACCCACGGAGAACAAACCUCAACUAACAAACCCUUCAGGAAGCAUAAACCUGGGAAUGUGUAGCCUUCAGAAAAGAAAUGUCAAUUGACACAAAACGAUUCCAGUAGCUCUGACCUGCUGCCUCACCCAGGGUAGGGCGGCCUGGAAGGAAAGGGGUGUAGAAGGACCGCCUGAGCAGAGGGACUCACUGCUGCCAUGCCCUGGGAGGGGGCCGAAUUUGGGGUUGCCAUAGGCCGUGCCAUUCUGCCUCUUACCUGGAAGAUCAGGCUGAACUACCAAUAGCUGAAAUAUAAGUAGAACUUUCUUUUCCCUUUUAGCAUAUAAAGUUGGGUAACCAAAUAUAGCUCUGUGUAUAACAUCAUACAGCAGCCUUCAGAACUAUUUUAUGUUGAAGAAUUUAUUUUAAAAAUAAUGGUUAGGUUUUAAAUCAAAAGUUUUAUCAAAAGUUUCCCUUCUAUUGUACUGCAUCAUAAAGUGGCCUUCAGAACUGAAUUAAUAUGUGAAGGGUAGCUUAUGCUGUGAGAUUUGCUUUUUCUCUUUCUUUUUCCUUUCUUUCUUGCUUCCUCCUCCUUCUCCUUCCCUUCUCUCU